AGAUCCCGCACUUCAAGGAAGUGAUAAUCAUGGCCACCAACUGUGACUCCUGCGGGCACAGGCCAAACGAGGUGAAGUCCGGAGGAGCGAUCGAACCGCAAGGCACCAGGAUUACCCUUCGGAUUACAGACCCUUCCGACAUGACGAGGGAUAUCCUGAAGUCGGAGACCUGCAGCGUGGAGAUCCCCGAGCUGGAGUUCGAGCUGGGGAUGGGAGCGCUGGGGGGGAAGUUCACCACGCUGGAAGGGCUCCUGAAGGACAUCAGGGAUCUGGUCGAGAGAAACCCCUUCACGCUGGGCGACAGCUCUACCCCCAGCAAAGCGGAAAAGCUGCAGGAGUUCAUCGGGAAGCUGCAGGAGGUCAUAGCCGGGCGGACAGAGGCUCACUUCAUCCUGGAUGACCCUGCGGGCAACAGCUAUCUCCAGAACGUCUACGCCCCGGAGGAGGACCCGGAGCUGCGCGUGGAGCGCUACGACCGCACCUUCCAGCAGAACGAAGACCUGGGCCUGAACGACAUGGGAU